GGCCAGAAGAGGGCACCAGACCUCAUUACAGAUGGUUGUGAGCCACCAUGUGGUUGCCGGGAAUUGAACUCAGGACCUUUGGAAGAGCAGGCAAUGCUCUUAACCACUGAGCCAUCUCUCCAGCCCCUGGAACUAGCUCUUGUAGACCAGGCUGGUCUCGAACUCACAGAGAUCCGCCUGCCUCUGCCUCCCGAGUGCUGGGAUUAAAGGCGUGUGCCACCACUGCCCAGCUUGGAAUGCAGAUUCUUGCAAGGACAUAACUGAACAGGACCAUCUCUGAAGACAGUUGACUUAGGGCACAAGAAAUAAGCACAAGGUUAAAUAAAGCCUGACUUAGAAGAAAACUGGAUCACCAAAAAAAGUACUAAUAACAUCCUAUUACCUCCAGAUAUUUACUAAUGACUUCAAAAAGUAAAUUAAUUGGGUUCUUAGUUGGACUUACUACCUCAUUUUCCCUGUAUUCUCAAGGUUUUAUUAAGUCUUGCUAAUAUUUUUAAGGUAGUAUUAGAAUCAUGAGGUCACAUCCAGUACAGAUCAAAAUCCUUACAUGGGUUUGGAUAUCUGCAUAACCCUUAUGGGCUAGGGAAGGAUGCUUAUCAUUUCUAUUAUGGUAGGAGAAACACUAAUCCCUUCCUCUGAGGGCACAGCCAUGUGCUUGCUCCUCACCGACAGGAGCCUAAAACCCUCCAAGAUUUCUAUGCUUCAGUUCGAAAAAAAUUAAUGGUAUUUUCAGCCAAAGCCCAUGGGUUGGGGAAGCCUGGAACUUAGUUUAGGGAAGUGUCCCAGCACUCCAAGAGAACAGCAUACUGCGACAAGGAAUUUAGGUAAUCCAAAUUGCCUGUCCGUGUUAACUUUAGUUUAUUUAAUUGUAUGUGCACAGUGUGAAGGUGUCAGAUCCUCUGGGACUUCAGUUACAGCAUGAACUGCGAGUGCUCUUAACCGCAGAGCCAUCUAAAUAAUCUGGGCCUGCACAGUCGUCACCAUGAUGAGGAUUCUAGAAAAAUCUUAUUCCUUGGAGAUAGUUUGGAGGUAGUUCUAGGAGGAUAAUUCAUAACAUUGAGACACCUGAUGCUUGAUAAUACUGCUACUAUUUUUGCCCAGAAUCCAGACAGUGGCAAGCGAUAUCUAAUUUCAAAAUUGGCGGAAUCCGGUAUAUCGAGUGUCAAAGUAGACAGGAAAACGGUCUCCUUUCCUCUGUGGGUGGGGGACGGUCUCUGUUAGGGCAACAAACACCGAACAGCUCAAACACGUGGUUUUUAGAGAGCGUGGGAAAAGGGGAAAAAAAAAAACCCUGCCAGGACUUAAGAUGUCUGCCGAAGACCCUCGCAUCUGUCAGAAGGAGCGUACCCUCUUCCAAAAUGUCCUCCCGCAGUAUUGACGUCACUCCACCGGCUCCCUCAGAGCCAGAAACCGAGAGCGAUCCAAUCGGGCCCCAGGCCACGCCCCGCGCGCGUCACUUCCGGUGGUGCAGCAGCCAUUUUGUCAGUGGCCAGCGGAUCCCGCGCGCUGCAGAAGUGCAGUUCCCCCUGGUUACCGCCGAGUCGUCGGUUCUCCCUUGGAGCCGCGGGCGCCCUCGGGGAGCGCCCACCACAGGCGUGGGCGUUGCUCCUUGCGCUGUCGCCACUGCCGUUGCAUCUGGACGGAGCCGGAGCGCUGUCUGCCUUUCCCGGUCGCUGACAGGCGCCCACAGGGCGCUGCCAUCGGCGAUGUCAAGCGAGGAAAGCUAUCGGGCCAUCCUGCGCUAUCUGACGAACGAACGGGAGCCGUACGCGCCGGGCACCGAGGGCAAUGUCAAGCGGAAAAUCCGCAAAGCCGCCGCCUGCUACGUGGUGCGCGGCGGGACCCUAUACUACCAGCGGCGGCAGCGGCACCGCAAGACCUUUGCGGAGCUGGAGGUCGUGCUGCAGCCGGAGCGGCGCCAGGGCCUCAUAGAGGCGGCCCACCUGGGCCCCGGGGGCACUCACCACACCCGGCAUCAGACCUGGCACGACCUGUCGAAGACGUACUGGUGGCGAGGCAUAUUAAAACAAGUUAAAGAUUACAUAAAACAGUGUAGCAAAUGUCAGGAGAAGCUUGAUCGCUCCCGUCCAAUAUCAGAUGCUUCAGAAAUGUUGGAAGAAUUGGGGUUGGACCUUGAAUCUGGAGAAGAAAGUAAUGAAUCAGAAGAUGACCUGAGCAACUUCACUUCACCUCCAACCACAGCCUCCAAGUCUUCAAAAAAGAAACCAGUAUCUAAACAUGAACUUGUAUUUGUUGACACCAAAGGAGUGGUAAAACGUUCUUCUCCAAAACAUUGCCAGGCAGUUUUGAAACAGCUGAAUGAACAGAGGCUUUCCAACCAAUUCUGUGAUGUUACAUUGUUAAUUGAAGGUGAAGAGUACAAAGCUCAUAAGUCUGUUCUGUCAGCAAAUAGUGAAUAUUUUCGAGAUCUUUUUAUUGAGAAGGGAGCUGUUUCUAGUCAUGAGGCGGUCGUGGAUCUUUCUGGUUUUUGUAAAGCAAGCUUCCUUCCUUUGCUGGAAUUUGCCUAUACCUCUGUACUUAGUUUUGACUUUUGUAGCAUGGCUGAUGUAGCUAUCUUAGCUCGCCAUCUUUUUAUGUCAGAAGUUUUAGAAAUUUGUGAAAGUGUACAUAAACUAAUGGAAGAAAAGCAACUGACAGUGUAUAAGAAAGGUGAAGUACAGACAGUUGCAUCUACUCAGGACUUACCAGCGCACAACGGAACUACAGCACCACCUGUGAUUAGGAAUGAAGCAACCACAACUUUGUCGAGUGAACUCGGGCAUUGUGAGAUUGUACUACUGGUAAAUGGAGAAUUACCAGAAACAGAACAGAAUGGGGAGCCAGGCCAGCAGCCUGCGCCUCAGGUUUCCCCAGAGGCUGAAGCUACUGUGUCCCCCAUGGAAUGUAUAACUGAUCCCCAUACUGAAAUGGAAACUGCUAGCUUAGCAACAACUACCAACCAACCAGAGACAGAGACUGCAGUCAUCAGAGAAGAUGGCCCAGUUACUGAUGUUCAUCCUAAAGUUUCAAAAGAGAAUAUAAUCAAUAUUUCUCAAGAGGACAGUGAUAUAGUAAAUGACAUCUUGCCUGAGGACAUCAGUGCCAAAGACUUCUCAGAUCAUAGUCAGAGCCCUGACCAACCUUUAAAAGAUCAGGAAACGCUAAUUGACACCACAGAAAAGACAGACUCAGGCCCAGAUGAUGAUACUUACAGAAGUAGGCUUAGGCAGCGAUCUGUUAAUGAAGGGGGCUACAUCCGGUUACACAAGGGCAUGGAGAAAAAGUUACAGAAGCGGAAAGCCAUUUCUAAAUCGGCAGUUCAACAGGUGGCCCAAAAAUUAGUUCAAAGAGGGAAAAAGAUGAAACAGCCCAAGAGGGAUGCUAAGGAGAACACUGAAGAAACUUCUCAUAAAUGUGGGGAAUGUGGAAUGGUUUUUCAAAGACGAUAUGCCUUUAUAAUGCAUACAUUGAAACAUGAAAGAGCUAGAGAUUACAAAUGUCCGUUAUGUAAAAAACAGUUUCAGUAUAGUGCCUCAUUGCGAGCACACCUUAUACGACAUACAAGAAAAGAUGCACCUACUUCAUCUUCAUCCAAUUCCACAUCUAAUGAGGCAUCAGGAGCAUCAUCUGAGAAGGGAAGAACCAAAAGAGAAUUUAUAUGUUCUAUAUGUGGAAGGACAUUACCUAAAUUAUACUCUCUUCGAAUACAUAUGCUAAAGCACACAGGUGUAAAGCCACAUGCAUGCCAGGUCUGUGGAAAAACUUUUAUCUAUAAGCAUGGUCUAAAAUUACAUCAAAGUCUCCAUCAGUCCCAAAAGCAGUUCCAGUGUGAACUGUGUGUCAAGUCAUUUGUUACCAAACGGAGUCUCCAGGAACAUAUGAGUAUUCACACAGGAGAAUCCAAAUACUUUUGCUCAGUUUGUGGAAAGUCUUUUCACAGGGGCUCCGGACUUAGCAAGCACCUUAAAAAACACCAACCAAAGCCUGAAGUUCGAGGCUAUCAUUGUACUCAAUGUGAAAAAAGUUUCUUUGAAGCUAGAGAUCUGCGCCAACAUAUGAACAAACAUCUUGGUGUGAAGCCAUUUCGGUGCCAAUAUUGUGACAAGUGCUACAGCUGGAAGAAAGAUUGGUAUUCCCACGUCAAGUCCCAUUCUGUCACUGAACCUUACAGGUGUAAUAUAUGUGGCAAAGAAUUUUAUGAGAAAGCUUUAUUCAGAAGACACGUAAAGAAAGCCACCCAUGGGAAGAAAGGACGAGCAAAGCAAAACCUGGAACGGGUGUGUGAUCAGUGUGGGAGAAAAUUCACUCAGCUGAGAGAGUACAGGAGACACAUGAACAACCAUGAAGGAGUUAAGCCCUUUGAGUGCUUAACAUGUGGAGUAGCUUGGGCUGAUGCCAGAUCACUGAAACGUCAUGUCCGAACACAUACUGGUGAACGGCCCUAUGUGUGUCCUGUGUGUAGCGAAGCCUACAUAGAUGCUCGAACACUUCGUAAACAUAUGACUAAAUUCCACAGAGACUAUGUGCCUUGCAAAAUUAUGCUAGAAAAAGACACUCUGCAGUUUCAUAACCAAGGAACUCAAGUGGAACAUGCUGUCAGCAUCUUAACUGCAGACAUGCAAGAGCAAGAAAGCACUGGGCCUCAAGAACUUGAGACUGUGGUGGUGACAGGAGAAACUAUGGAAGUUCUUGAAGCAGUUGCAGCUACUGAAGAGUGUCCAUCAGUAUCUACCCUUUCUGACCAAAGUAUUAUGCAAGUGGUUAACUAUGUGUUGGCACAACAGCAAGGACAGAAGCUGUCUGAAGUUGCAGAAGCCAUUCAGACUGUUGAAGUAGAAGUGGCACAUAUGCCGGAAGCAGAGUGAGUACUGCAGCCACAGGAGACGACUCCCCUUGAGCUCACAGAGCAUGUGUUUACAGUUAUGUCACUACCCAUGUAGACUUCAUAUGUGAAACUGGGCUGUUGGUGACAUUACUAAACUUCUUGUCUGGCCAGUGAGUUCUGUAGGAAAGUCCACUUUCUGUAAAGAAACUGAAAACAGAAAUCUGUUGGAUGGGAUGUAGUUGAUCAUGGUAUGCCUUCUAUGAAUGAAUGUUUAUAAAUAUACAAAAUUUAAAGAUGUGCAGUUUCAUAUUUUGACAUUAUUUUAUUACAUAUUUUGAAUGUAAGAGGCUGCACGGUUAGCUUUUCUUCUGUUCUAUUCUCAAAAUACAGAGGUUCUGUAACUAGUUGUUUGUGGAUUUAAAAAAUUCUAAUAUAAAGCAUAUCCAUAAGAUGCAUAAGUAUAUUAUAUUUUAAAAUGCUUUAGAUCUAUGAUUCUUGACUUACUAUUUAUUUUAACUGCUUCUAAGUCAGAGAAUCUAGUCUGUCUUGAAGCACUUGAGUUCUGUGUUGUAAUCAAGUUUGCAUAAUUUAUUUAUCUGUAUGGGGACUCACAGAUGCAAAGCUAAUUUUACAAUACCAUUUAAAUGCAUGAGAUGUCUAUUAAAGCCUUACUUACUAUACUAUCUCUUCAAGGCAAGUAAUUGGCCAUGAGAAAAGAGUACUGUUAUUAAACACUGUUGAUGGGAAGUUUCUGCUUGAUAACAUUGGACUAUAAAUGGAAAAAAAAUCAAAACUGAUUAUUUUGCUGAAGAACGAACAAGUUAUCGAAGAAGUUAUGUUUGGUAUGUUUUAGCUUUUGUAUCAUGUUUGUUUAAAUUCGUUGAAUAAUUUCAUCUAUAGUGACUAUGGAUGCUAUAUAAUUGUUAGAUAAUUUCAAAAUGUUUAAAAUUCUCAAUUCACCCCUCAAUAUACUGUGUUACACAAAAAAAAGUUGAUUAUGGUACUAUCAAAUUGCUGGACAUAUUUUGAAAAGUUAUCUUAAAACUAAAUUAUAUUCAUUCAUGUGUUUGAUUUUUUUUUUUAAUUUCUCACUUUUCUGAGUUGUCAGAUUCAGAUUUUGAAAAUAACUAUGGGGAGACGGCCACAUUUCUCUCUAGAAAACUAUUGUUCAAGCUAUAAUUGUUAAAAUUAAGCUUUUAGAUAUUAGAAGCUUUCUUAAAAUAUAAAAUUAAGAUAUAAACAGAUCAUAUGUAAAUCAUUCCUAAAGCACAAGAAAUGAAUGUGCCUUGAUGUACAUAUAUAAUAUUAAGAUGCUUAAUCCAGUUUACUUAAAAAAAAAAUGGCUUUAAGGUUAAGGAGUAAAUGUUUAGCCCUGCAUGCAUUUUCUUGCAUAUGUAAUGUGUGCAUUUGCAAAUUUGUUGUUGUUUUAAUAGCUAUAUCAGUCUUAAAAGUGAAUCUGUAUACAGCCUACAACUUCAUAUAGGCUAUUCACUGGUCAUUUACAUCAGUUACUGAAAAAGUAUUUCAAUGCAAUUAAAAUUUGAAAUUGUCGUUUAUUUCUGUUUUCACCAUUGUUGUUAGAUUUAGUUAAAUGUAUAAGAUCAUUAAUGUAUAUCAGAAAUAUAUAAAUAAAAGAUGUUCAAUCUUGUUAAAAGCAAAGCUUUAGA